AUGUCAUUAGAAGUAGCAGCAGCAGUACCAGCAUCAGCAGUAGCAACAUACUUAAUGCCAGCAGUAGCAGCAGAAUCAGCACCAGCAGUAGCAAUGAGCAGUUUAAUGUCAAUACCAGCAGUAGUAGCAGAAGCAUUAGCAGCAGUUGCAGCAAAAGCAAUACCAGCAGUAGCAAAAGCAAUACCAGCAGUAGCAGCAGCAAAAGCAAUAUUAGCAGUAGAAGAAACAACAGUAGCAGUACAAUCAGAAGCAUUAGCAGCAGAGGAAGUACUAGCAGUAGAGGUAGCAGUGAGUAGUAGCAGUAUCAGCAGUAGAAGUACCAAUAAAAGCAGUAUCAGCAGAAACAGUGAGCAGAAGCAGUACCAGCAUCAUACGUGA